AAGCACCUGUUGAAGGUGCAGCUGAGCUGUGAGUACCCGAUGGUUCUUUACAUUGAAAGUUGUCUUUUUGUAAAAGAAAAGGUGUGAAGUUGUUAUGAUGCGUUUAGGAACCAAUGAAUGACGUGUGAUUCCAAAGGUUUUAGCAGAGGCGGAGCCUCGUUGGAGGUGGUAAAGGAUGUGGUCAAACAGGAAGAAGACUUCAUAACCUUUGAGAAGAAAAGAGCAUCUGUGGCCUGAGGAGGUCUCACUCCCACGGUGCUAAGUCAGCCUUGCCAUGAGAAGCGAGUCCUACCCGGAAUGCCGAGCUCAGGAGUUGUUUGACGACUUUGUGUCAGCGUCCACCUGCAGGGCAGCGCUGCACUCCUUCUGCCAGAUGUGCCAACAUCUUCAGCUGGACCACGGCCAAGCCGAGCGUCCGCUUUACCGAACGCUCAAACGCCGCCUCAGCUACUGGAGGGCCAACGCUCUUUGGGCCAAGCUGGACCGCCGAGCUUCUCAGAAGGAGUACCUGCACAACCAAGCCUGCCGCAAUGCCACGUGUGCCGUCAUCGGGGCGGGACCAUGUGGCCUGCGGACGGCGGUGGAGCUGAGCUUCAUGGGAGCUCGGGUGGUGGUGCUGGAGAAGAGGGACUCGUUCUCCAGGAACAACGUGCUUCACCUUUGGCCCUUUACCAUCCAUGACCUCCGCGGCCUUGGCGCCAAAAGGUUCUACGGAAAGUUCUGUGCCGGCUCCAUUGACCACAUCAGUAUCCGUCAACUCCAGCUGGUUCUGCUGAAGGUGGCACUGCUGCUCGGGGUGGAAGUUCACGUCAACGUGGAGUUCAAACGUGUGGUGGAACCGCCGGCUGACCAACAUCAGGUGGGCUGGACAAUGGAGGCGUGGCCUAAGUGUCAUCCUGUCAAUCAGCUGCAGUUCCACGUCAUCAUUGGAGCAGACGGUCGCAGGAACACAUUGCCGGGUUUUCGGCGUAAAGAGUUUCGCGGGAAACUGGCCAUUGCCAUCACAGCCAAUUUUAAAAAGGGAAACAGUCGCGCUGAAGCCAAAGUGGAGGAGAUCAGUGGCGUGGCGUCCAUCUUUAAUCAGCGGUUCUUCCAGGACCUGCGACAGGAAACGGGUAUCGACCUGGAGAACAUCGUGUACUACAAAGACGACACGCACUACUUUGUCAUGACGGCAAAGAAACACUGCCUGCUGGACAAACAAGUCAUUUUACAGGACUUUGCAGACACGGAGCUGCUUCUCGCUCGGACUAACGUGGACCAGAACGCCUUACAGGCCUUCGCCUGUGCAGCGGCCAACUUCUCCACCGGCGGCCAGCUUCCGUCUUUGGAGUUUGCCAUCAACCACUACGGCCAAGCGGACGUGGCCAUGUUCGACUUCACCUCCAUGUACGCAGCGGAGAACGCCGCCAUGGUGCGCUGUCACCGUGGACACCGGCUGCUGGUGGCACUGGUGGGAGACAGCUUGCUGGAGCCCUUCUGGCCGAUGGGCACGGGUGUGGCUCGAGGCUUCCUGGCCGCUCUUGAUGCGUCUUGGAUGAUUCGGCGAUGGUGUCAAGGAGAUUCUCCUCUGGACCUCCUUGCAGAGAGGGAGAGCGUGUAUCGUCUGCUGGCUCAGACCACACCAGAGAACAUGCAAAAGAACAUUUCUUCCUACUCUUUGGACCCAUUCAGCAGAUACGUCCACAUCUGUCCAAGCAUCACGCCUGCUCAGGUCAGACACUUGAUCGACACAGGAGAGGAGGCGGGGCCAGACCCUGAAUUAGAUGACAUCAUUGGUGUGUCGCCAUGGAGACCAGAGUCCUUGUCUGAGUCCAGUCAGCUGCUGGCGUGGUGUCGGGAGCGGACGCGAGGCUACCCUGGCGUUGCCGUCAGCAACCUCACCACGUCAUGGAAGAGCGGUGUGGCGUUGUGUGCGCUGCUCCACCGCCACAGACCCGACCUCAUAGACUUUGAUGCCAUCGACCCAACGGCGGACAAAGAAAACAUUCGCUUGGCCUUCGAGGUGUCGGAACGAGAGUUCGGGAUCUCCCCCCUGGUGACGGUGGAGGAGAUGUCCUCUGAAGGAGAACCGGAUUCUCUGUCCAUGGUCAUGUACCUCAGCCAGUUCUACCAGCUGCUGCCAGAUGCCCCACCCUCUCUGGGGUCAUUGUCCCAGAGUUCAGAGGUCAGAGCUGCGCUGGUCAUGCCCACCUCCGUCCUCUGCAGACUAGGACAACAGCCGUCACGUCAAAGGUCAAAGUCAUGUGACGUCGUGGCCGAGCGCCCGGUCGGCAGCUCCAGAGUGCGCUUGAUGGCAGACCUGCUGCAGGCCAAGUUGGACCAGAACCGGAUCCAGGACCAGGACCAGGACACUCCUCCCCCUCAGGGGGAUCCAGCCAGCCAUCUGUCUCCACACGUCCCGGUUCAGCCGCCGUCAUGGAGACCGAGCAAGCGAACGCAGCAGCAGCAGCAGCUGAGCUUACGGUUCAAGCAGAAGCUCAGCUCCCAGCUCGUGGAGCACAAAGAGCAGGGCUGCUGUGCGAGCGAUGUGUGUUUCUUCUGCCAGCAGAAAGUCUACGUGAUGGAGCGUCUGAGCGCUGAAGGUCUUUUCUUCCAUAGAAGUUGUUUCAUGUGCCACGUGUGUGACGCCCCGCUGAGACCCGCCUCCUAUCGUUACCACGCCCCCAGCGGCAACUUUUUCUGUCCCCAGCACUGCGAGUCGUCCUCUCGUCCCAGUUCAUCCGCGCCAAAGAAGCCCAGGACGUCAUGUGACAGGGCCUCGUGCCCCCGGACGUCUUGUACGUCUCUGCUCUCCUCCGCAGACUCUCAGGUCUCCAUGGCAACAGAGUGUCGGCGCUCCUCAGUGAUGUCUGUGAUGCCAGAGAGGAUUGAAGUAGAAAAUGAUCAGGAUGAUCUGUCGGAGGUUGCUGAGAUCUCUGAGGAGACGCUGACUUGCUUCAACCUGGGAGGACCUGAAGACGUGCAGACGAGCAGGUCACGCCACCUGUGUGAAUGGGCGGCUGAAGCGCCAACUUGUGGUGCUCAACAACCUUUCACCUCACAGACGUCCAAAGCGGCGUGGAGGGAGGAUCUACAACAUCACUUUCAGCUGAUAGGCUGCGAGGAGGAUGAGGAAGAGGAUGAAGACGAUGAGGACAAUGAAGAUGAGGCCGGCUGUGAGGAAGGUGAAGAUGAUGGUGCUGGUGAUACAAGUGAUGUCAUGUCUUAUGGAAGCGCCGCUCCCUCCACUGCCUCCUUUGUCACCAAGCCAGACUCCGCCUCCUGCACCUGUUCAGCCUGGCCUUGUGUGCAAGAAGCCCCGCCCACUGAGGUUGCCCACCAAGCAUGUCCUCCCCCGAUGGAGGCAGUGGGAGGAGCUAGAGGACGAAGCUCCUUUGAUGACAACCUGUCGAUGAGGAAGCUCCGCCUCCUGCGAGCAGACACAGAGUGGGUGGAGCCAGAAGAGGCAGGAAGCGGUCGACGCCAACGGCAAACACACGACCGACGCUCGCAACCCGUCUUUUGUCACCGCUAUCUCAAAGGUCUGCGCGAGGCUCCGCCUCUCCGCCAUGCAGAAGGAGGCGGAGCCAGGGCUCUAUGGAAGGCGUUGUUUUCCAGGAACAGGAACAAGAGGAACGAGGGCGGGGCUUCACUUCCAGGUGCAGACAAGCUGAGGACGGACGAAGAUGAAGGAGGCCUCACUCUGAUGGAAGAAUGUGACCUGGACUCAUCCACUCUGCAACAAAGAUGCUCCCUGCAGCCCAAAACCAACCUGCGUUUGGAAACCAUCGACCUGACCUCUAACCUCCACCUGAUGUCACUAAAAGACCAGCAGACAGCACAGCCUGCAUACGUUCCUCACGCGUUGGCUUUCAAAGCCAGCUUUCCCAUUCAGUUUGUGCGGGAACAUUGUCCAGAACACAAAGCCGGUCUUCAGGGUUCUGAUGGACUGUCCUCCUGUGCCACGGAAGUGGUGGGGGUUCUGGUGGACCCCAAGGAGCCGUCUAGUUUGAGCGUUAUGGAGACCCUGUUCCAGAAUGGGCACGCACACCCGGACACCGGAAUCUCCCGUCGGGUUCAGAAGACCACGCGCAGACGAGCAAAGCGGGAGGAACUGAAGAGACUCCACAAGGCUCAGCUGAUCCAGAGACGGCUGCAGCUGGUGGAGGAGGAGCAGCGAUGUCUGGAGGCCAGAGGAGUGACGCUGGAGAGAAGUCUGAGAGGGGAAGGUAUGAAGGCGUCCCUAGGAACCAACCCUGCCCACCAGAACUCCACCCUCAUGCAGCACUGGUUCCACCUGGUCCAGCAGAAGAACCUUCUUGUUCGAUACGAAUCCCAGCUUCUCAUCUGUGCACGAGACCUGCAGCUGGAAGACCGGCAGAACCGCCUGCAGCAGGAACUCCGGCAAAGCAUGACCCUCGCCGACCACCUGAAGGAGGAGCAGCAGCUGCUGAAGGAGCGGCAAAUCCUGCAGGAGAUGUUGGAGGUGGUGGAGCAGAGGAGGGCUCUGGUACCCCUGCUGGGGGAGCAGCGAUGGCAGGACCAUCAGGAAGACCGGGACCCGAAGGAGGUCAUGAUCGCCCGGCGGACUGGACUGGACUGGGCCUGAGCCCGCUUCCUGAGACUCUGCUGGAUUUGUGCUGGUCCGGUACCCACGUCAGAACCCUCUCAAGACCAUCUGGACCUCAUGUGAAAGAACAGCUGAUGAAGCAGAGGUUCCUGCUCCGGUUUACAUGAAGUAACAAGCAGAAGGGAGAUUGGCUCACAUUCUUGAGCCAUGAGAUGAAGAACCUACAUGAUGGCAUCAUGGACAGGUUCUUCAUGGUCUCAUCCACUCUAGAUGGCUUUAUAAUCCAUGUGCCAACUUCAGCUGGUGCAAACUAUUUCUUCAUUCAAAACCAACUUCAACUCAUUCUUGGUGUCCUAACGUCCUUGGUGUCCUAACAUCCUUGGUGUCCUAAUCUUCUUGGUGUCCUAACUGUGCUUGAACGUUGCUUACAACAUCCUGUGUGUCAAUACGGACGUUUGAAAAUGUGACAUUUGUACGUUAAGAAGACACAGGCUGAUGCUUCCAAUGAAAGGUAUUUAUUUGCUACUGUAAAUAUUGCUUCUGUGCGGCGAUUGGUCCUACUGGUCCACGGACACCUUCAUGUCCUUCGACACCAGUCCAGAGGUCACCGGGUGCAUGGUCGCCCGGUGAGCGAGGAACACUCGCACCGCUUCCUCUCGGUACUUGGCAAAGUUGAAGACCUCUCUGGAGGAGACAACCAAUGAGGACCAGUUAAGUCGUGAGGACAAUGAAGAGCCAAAAGAACUCAUUGUCAAUAGAAGAAAACGGGUCACUGCUGACCACAACCACGCACGCACCAGUACACACUACUACUACUACAGCUGCUAUAAUAAUAAUAAUAAAGGUAUUGGUAUGGGGAUGUGAUGGUGAGUUUAUAAAAAGCGCAUCCCGAGUGUGAAUACCUGAAGAGCGGUCGUGUGAACUUCAUUCGGCCCUGCUCGCUUGCCAUCUUCAGCGCCAAGGGAACCGCCUCCUCCCACCGCGAGCGCACGCACAGUCGCAGCCACCUGGACAAAGCGGCCAAUCUCAGCAAGCCCUCAUGGAAAGGGUGGGCGGGGCUGUGGGACUCCAUACUCACCUGAAGCGGAUCUCUGAAUUUGUGCAUGAGUUGAAAUCAUAAACCUCCUGCAUCUUCUUCACGUGACUCACGGGAAGCACUUCCUGUCAACACAACACCACCUCAUCACUUCACCUACGCUACCACAAUUAUUAUUAGCAAUACUACUACUACUAAUUUCACCUAUAGUACCAGCGCUACUAGUAUGAGUAGUAGAUUGAGAGCUUCACCUGGAGGAGAAGAGACAAAAAGUCUAUGAGCUGAUGUGAGGAGAGUGCGUUGAUGUCAGCCUGCGUGAAGGCGCUGAGGUCCUGCUCUUUGGCCUGUUGGGGUAAAGAGGAUGAGUUUGGGGUUGGACGUGAAGGCAAGGUACGGUAAGUCUCACCUGGAUCCACCUCUGAGAAAGAGCGGCACAGGCGUCGGCCAGCGUGGUGUCGUAUCUGAAAAGACACACGAGUCGGGUCAGAAGAGAAGCGCCUGAAGCACCUGAAGACCUUCAUCGUCCUCACUGUGGUUUCACCGGAGGCAUCCCGGGAGUGAACAUCCACGCGUUCCAGUCCACCUUGUUCAGGACAUCCACCUGAGAGACAAAUCCACAUCAACCACUCCUCCAGGGGACAAGACCCGGUCCCAUGUGUCUCACCUUGUCCUGAAAGUAGGUGAACAGGAAGUCCUUCCACUGGUCCGUGGUGACGCUGCCGUAGGCAAAGAGCUGGAUGUAAGAUUUGAUGAAGCCCAUGAAGACCUCUGUGGGACACACGGGACUCAGAGACGCACACAAUGACUCCGUCGUACGUGCACAUGCGUGUUACCUGGACCGCCCAGCAGCUCCUCCAGGUGGUAGAGAAGAGCAAAGCCCUUCUCGUAGGGGACGGAGGAGAAGGCCUCAUCCGGGUCCACGUCCUGCAGACUUGGGACCAGGUUGGUCAGAGGGUUCUUGGCUCCAAAUGUGCUGACCUGAGACCCGGAAAGACACAUGAAGACCACACAUGCGCUCUCAGCAAUGACAGCUUCCCACCGAGUCAUGGAGGUCCUUCCAGCCUCCCAAGGCCUUGAACUGGCGGAACGCUUCCCCCUCCAGACGUCUGCCAAUCAUCCUCUCCAGGUAGACCGUGUGACCCUCGUUAAGCCUGCGCGCGUGCACACGUAUGGAUGCCGACUUCCCUGUGUGAGCGUGCACGUGUGCGUGUGUGUGUGUUACCAACCAAAAGUGCUCCCAGGUCUUGUUGGUCACCAGGUUUCCUGUCCAGCUGUGGGAGAUCUCAUGUGCGAUCACCUGUCAGGAAGAGGACAUGUCAACACGUGUCCUUGGCACCAAAGACUUGAAGGUCACUGACUCACGUUGGAUAAGGACUUGUCUCCUGCCUGGGAAGACAUGACACAAGGUCACACGCUUGACCUUCACCCCAAACAGGAAGUAAGUGUGUGUGUGUGUGCGCUCACAAGCAGCGUGGGCGUGGCAAAGGUCAGACAUGGAUUUUCCAUCCCGCCGUAGGGAAAAGAUGGCGGCAGGACCAAAAUGUCAUACUGUCCCCAAACGUACGGCCCGACCAGCUCCUCUGCCGUCUGCAACAUCCUCUCUGUCUGACAAACAACAGCAUUCUCACACUCCAUUCUCAUACACAAAUAGCAUUCUGACAAAAAAAUAUCAUUCCAACUUAUUGUGAUAAACAAACACAUCAUUGUGAUCAGAUAUUAUGGCUGAAAAUAUCAUUCCAAAAAUAUUCUGACAAUAAAUAUUAAAACAUUUUCAUUUUGACAGAAAAUAUUCCAAAAAUAUUUUGAGAAAAAAUUUCACUUUCACAAAUAUUCUGACCAAACUAUAUUUUUUAGAAAAAAAUAUUCUCACAAAAAUAUCACUCCAAAAUAUUCUGACAAUAUCAUUCAAAAAUUCUCAUUUUGACAGAAAAUAUUCUGACAAAAAAUAUCAUUCUGAAAUAUUCUGAAAAUAUCAUUCAAAAAUUGUCAUUUUGGAUGAAAAUAUUCUGAUAAAAGACAUCAUUUUGACAAAACCUAUUCUGACAAAAAAUAUCAUUCUGAUGAAAAAUAUUCUGACAAUAUUCAAAAAUGGUCAUUUUGACAGAAAAUAUUCUGAUAAAUAUUUUGACAAAAAAUAUUCUAACAAAAUAUUCUGACAAUAUCAUUCAAAAACUCUCAUUUUGACAGAAAAUAUUCUGACAAAUAAUAUUUUGACAAACUAUUGACAAAAAAUAUUCUGAUUAAAACUAUUCUGACAAUCAGUAUCAUUCAAAAAUGAUCUGACAAAAGAAAUACAUUCAACACAAACGACCAUUGAAUAUCUUAAAUGAUAUCUUGACCAUUACUUUAUUGUAUCCUGUUACUUUGUGGAAGUGUUCUCUAAAUAAAUAACCUUCUUACUCAUGA